AUGACACAGGAAGAGGUUGAAUAUCAAAAAGAAUUCUAUCAGAAUGCUUCCCAAGAACUUCAGGAGAGGCUCGAACGACUGGAUAAAGACGAAGGCUUGUCACCAGCAACAGUUGGCAAACGCAAGCAUGAGCUGAUUUGUGCACAUCGAUUGAAAUUUGGUCGUCACCCAUUUGUCUGUUCCAAGUGUUGGUCCUACUUGCCUGUCUGUGUCUGUCACCUAGCCACGAGGUCAUCUAAGGAGUGGAAAUAUAAAAACUUAUUGCAAGUUUUGGUUUGGACACACCAUCGUGAAUGGGGUUUGACAUCGAAUACUGGGUCCAUUCUAGGCUUGACACUUGGAAAUAAUGAUGCAUCAUCUCACGUAGUGGAUACCACACAUAUUGAUCCGAGUACUGAUGAGAAUAAUCCAUGCCGCUUGCUAAUGAAAGGACUGCCAAAACAUGACGAAAUACUUCAGAACAUUUUGGAUGAUUCUGCACGAAAGAGGGAAGGAGACGAUGAAAGCCAUGGUGUUGAUCAUGAUGGUUCCACUUUAGUGGUAGUCUUGUGGCCAUCGUCGAAUCCGGAAAAUGCCAUCACACUACCGCAACUUCGACGAGAGUUGGAAGCGUCCGAUCCGAAUAACUGUUUUGACAGUAACCCGCAUGAAGAAGUAUCGGAUGCCAUGGUGAGCAGCUCGCAGAAAAAGAUUGUUCUAUUGGCAGUGGAUGGGACUUGGCGGAAUGCUCGAAGAAUGGUUGCCAAAUUACCGUCCCAUGUGAAACGAUUGGAUUUGGAUGAGAGUACCAUUCGAUGGAAUGACAGUAAGGCGACUGGUGACGAAAACAGCCCUUCUGAGGACUCAUCAUCAAUGUUAUCAAUUUUGGCACCUUUGCGUAGGAGAGGACCAUCGGGAAAAGAAAACCAAAAGACAGACUUGAAAGUCAAUGCUUCUUCACUAGAUAAUGAAAAGAGACAGGUAUGUACUGCAGAAGCAGUGGUGGCAGCCUUGCACGAAGUAGGAGCUAUUGAUACCGAGCUAGCACAGCAGGUUCUCUACGCCACUCAGACAAAGGUGGAUCGAGUGCGGCGAUACCGAGGAAAAGUGCAAUGA